AUGAAAGGGUUAGGAGGCAAUCGAAGCCGUCACCUUUCUGACAACUGUGAACCUACAAGUGACCAAAUGUAUCCAACCACUACCCCAGAAAGGAAUCCCUAUCUGCUGAGUCCAGCAGAUACAUAUCAAAUGGAACAUCAUCGCUUCCCAACUACCAGCACUCUGCAGGGAGACUGCCUCCUUCCGUUGAACAAUCAGAUUGCCAGUAGCACCUUCCCCAGGAUCCAUUAUAACUCACACUUUGACCUGCAAGAUGAUUGUAGUUUCACCCCCAAUACUUCUACAAGCAAAAUCAAUCGCAUUCCUGCUAACCUGCUGGACCAGUUUGAGAAGCAGCUGCCUAUUCACAGGGACGGAUUCCACACUUUGCAAUUCCAGAGGGGCGAUAACAAGCACCGGGCUGAAAGUCCUGGACGGAUACGCCAUCUCAUGCACUCUGUGCAAAAGCUCUUUGCAAAGUCUCAGUCCCUUGAGGCCACCGGCAAAGGAAGUGUGAAUGGGAGCAAAUAUGGUUCAGACGACUCCAAGCAGAGCAAGAGAAGCAAGAGCAAGGACCGAAAAUUGGAGUCAAAACGCAGAACAAGAACAAAUAUAUCAGGCUGGUGGAGUUCAGAUGAUAACCUGGAUAAUGACAACAUAAACUACCGGAAUCCGAUGAGUUUAAUGACACUUGGGAGACGCACUGACCACGGUCCUGCCAAAUACUUCAUGAAUGCAUAUAACACAAUCAGUGAACAUACUCUUAAAGCUUCAAAGAGCAAUAAUGACUUGAAAUGUUCACCUUGUGUGAAUAUACCAAUAAAUGCUGACUCAAAGUACAUAAAGAGGGGUUCCUGGUCCACACUGACCUUAAGCCAGUCUCGAGAAGUUUGCCAAAAAUCAUCUGCUACAAUGGACAAGGCACUAUUGAAAUCCAAGUCAUAUCAUCAUGAUCUUGCUUCCCAGUACUUGAAGGUAGAGGGUGGUGGUGGCAAAUGGAGUUCAAUGCAGCUAAAUACCAGAGAGCUUGACUCGACAGCUGUGGGAGAAAUUCCCUGCCGGCGAAUGCGUAGUGGCAGCUAUAUUAAAGCAAUGGGAGAUGAUGACAGCGAGGACUCUGAAAUGAGCCCCAAACCAUCCCCGAAGACUGCAGCAAGACGUCAAAGUUAUCUCAAAGCCACACAACAAUCACUCAGUGAGCAGAUUAGUCAGCGGAAGAGUCUUGAUUGUCUGGAUACAGCAGAACUGAAUUCACCCAGCUUUCAUGGAUGGCAUGAGGACUACAUGGGAAGUUCAGACACUCUCAAAUCCAACCCGAUUAACCAGGAGAGAGAAAUGGAUUUCAGCAAUCAAUAUGAAAAUAUCUGUGAGUCUGUCUUCAGCGAGGUGGACUCCCAAGCAGUGGAUGCUCUGGACCUGCCCAUACCUGGCUGCUUCCGCUCAAGAAGUCACAGCUACCUAAGAGCAAUCCAGGCUGGCUGUUCUCAGGAUGAUGACAAUGCAUCUGUCCGCUCAGUGUCUCCUCCACCUAUAGCAACCACAGUUCGAACCAUGCAAACCAACACCAUGUCAUCGUGUAUAACCACUUACAAGAAGACUCCUCCACCAGUUCCACCAAGAACCACAUCUAAACCAUUUAUUUCAGUUACAGUCCAGAGCAGCACAGAAUCAGCUCAAGAUACAUACCUCGACAAUCAGGACCACAAGAGUGAUUUAAACAGUCAGUCUGGUCUCAGUAAUUCUUCAGAUAGCUUGGAUAGUGCCAGGGCUCUAAAUACAACUAAAACGGGAAGUGUCACUACUCCGGUUCGUGAACAGUUAGACAACCAAACCCAACACCGAAAUGCCACUGUAGCAGCUGAGAAGGGACCACUCGUCAUUGAGGAACCGAAGGUGGAAGUUAUUCCAAAAAGAAAGCUCUCUUCCAUCGGGAUACAGGUUGACUGUUCCCAGAAUUUGAUUAAGGAACAAGAUUCUCAAAUCAUCAACAAAUUCCAGUCUAUUGGAAUACAAGUGGAAGACGAGUGGCACAUAAGCCGCUCUAGCAGCAUGACUUCAAAACAAGAAACUGACUCUGAUACACAGGAAUGUAAUUCUGCUGUUGGAUCUCAAGACAAAAGCAACCUGCUUUCGGAUUCAGCUCAGCAUCACAAUGCCUCAAAUCCUGAACCUGCGGUACGGCAGCAUGCAAAAAGCUCCCAGACAAAAAAUAAAGCAUUAGCUUAUGGAGAUAACUUAGAUCCAGCUCUAGAUCCAUCCUCAUUACCACCACCGGAGCCAUGGUUAGAAUCAACUAACAAUCUCCCUGUUGAACCAGUGCACACUACUUCUUGUCGUCGGGAUGGCUACUGGUUCUUGAAACUGUUGCAAGCGGAGAAAGAAAGAAUGGAAGGAUGGUGUCAUCAAAUGGAGAAAGAAACCAAAGAAAAUAACUUAUCUGAAGAAGUCCUAGGAAAAAUCCGAAGUGCAGUAGGAAGUGCACAACUUCUGAUGUCCCAGAAAUUACAGCAGUUCCAUGGUCUCUGCGAGCAAAAUCUGAAUCAAAAUGCAAACCCACGACCGACUGCACAAGAUUUGGCUGGUUUUUGGGACAUGUUGCAGCUUUCCAUUGAAGAUAUUAGCUUGAAAUUUGAUGAACUUUAUCAUCUUAAAACUAAUGACUGGCAAAUUAUUGAAAUGCCAGAAAAGAAGGAAGAGAAAAAGCUGCCCCCGCCCGUGCCAAAGAAACCAGCAAAGGCUAAGACUCCUAUAAAUCGUGAAAAGCUAACCGAUUCAGCAGACAAGCAACGUCAGGAAGCUCGCAAGCGAUUAAUGGCAGCUAAACGGGCUGCAUCUGUACGACAGAACUCUGCAACAGAGAGCGCAGAUAGUAUUGAGAUAUAUGUCCCUGAAGCACAGACCCGGCUGUGAUUUAGAGUAGAUCUUUUGUACACGUUUUUGGCUAACUUUAAAAUUUCAGCAGUCUGUGCGAUUCUACAAGCAACGUUUAGCACCAAGUAAUAGAAUGCAAUGUUUAUUAGUAUAUAUGGCAUUGCUAUUCAACAGACUAUUAAAAUCCUUUCUUUCUAAAUGUUAAAUCUGAUCUCAUCGGUGUGUAUAUUGGUUGCCAUGCUUCUCUUAUCAUUUGCAUGGCUUUCUCUUAUCCAUCAGUCAAUUUUUCCGUACAGUAAACAAAUUGCUUUGCCUCAAUAGCAAAUGGUGUUUUCUCUAGCAUUUACAGGAAAAGGACUGGAAAAAGUACAUCAACAAUUCUUCAUUAAUUUAAAUGUCAAAAAUUUAAAGGAAGAUGAAGUUUCUUUGAAUAACCAAACCUGAGCUCAAUUUUAUUGGGUUGUUGUUACUUUUGAUCUAAAAAAUAAUGUGUUCCUGUUUGCUGACACAAUAGCUUUUCGGAAGAUGCUUCCAUUGGCUCUGUAAAUUUGGAUUGCUGCUGCAAAAUGAUGUAAACCUCUACCAUUCAGUAGAGCAAAGCAAUAGAGCAUUUCAAUGUUCUCACAUUUUUCAAAAUGUACAGAAGUGACGUAGAAGAUCUGACUCGGAACCAUAGAAUCAUUUUAUGAAAGAAGCACAUGCAACCAAAAAGGUUUUAUCGAAACUAAUCUAGUUUUAAAACCUUUUCAGAUGUGAUCUUGGAUUUUGCAGCCAAAAUUUUAAAGUAUUUGUCUCAUUUGUUACAGUUACUUCCUGAAUCUAGUAGUAGCUUAAAGUGGUUGUUUAUAUGUAGAUAACUAGUUAAAAUUUUAAGCAUUCAGAUGAAGAUAAAUUAUGGAGAGAAACAUUGUGCUUUGAUUGACUUAAGAAUCUGUUAGGUGCAAGUGUCAUGUUCAAAAAAGUUGAUGAACAUUCAUAAAAACAUGAAAGAAGCACUACCUAAUAGCUUUUGUCCAAAUAUACUUUCUAUCGUGUAAUAGUCUCCAUUAUUCCAUCUCUGUGUGACAUAGUGUCGUGUUUCGAAGAUUGCCAAAUGUUUGUCAACCAUCUUUUUAUUCUGUUUCUUUUAAUGGCUUUUAGCAGAAGAAAUAAUUAGUUUUUGACAUUCAAGAUGCCAUUACUUAAACAUUAAAUUCAUGAGCAAAAUAUUUUAAUUUCAAAAGAUUUAAAUAUUUAAAAUCUUGAUUAGUUAUAAUGCAACUAUGGUAAAUUGUAUCUGUUGUUUAAAAUUGUUACUCAUGCUUUUUUUCUCAUCUGAGGAAUUGAUUUUCUGCACUUGUGCCCAAGACUGAAUGCAUUAGGACAAGAUCACAUUUUACUAGAGAUAGAUGAGAUUUGUUACUCAUCACUGAACUGUCAUUGUUGGUGGACUGUUUUUUUAAAAAACAAUAUUUUCCAUAAAGAUGUCUGGAGGCAAAAUAGCCUUCUAGCUUGA